AUGACCGACGAGAAAAUUGUUAAUCUGUUGGCAGAACAGCAAAAGGCUAUGAAUUUGCAAACGCAAUUGCUUCAACAACUUGCAGAAUUUGUCAAAGGAAAUGAAGCAUCCGCAUCAAAGACGAAUUCACAAACAAAUUCACAAGCAAAUUCAUGCACGUCGAAAGCUGCACUCAUGGAAUCAUUGGCACACUCAAUGACUGACUUUGUAUAUGAGCCAGAAAGUGGUCUGAUUUUCCAAGCGUGGUACAACCGUUUCGUACAUGUGUUCGAAAAGGAAGCGAGUUCUCUAGAGGAACAUGACAAAGUGGCUCUUCUCUGGAGAAAGAUGUCGAACCAAGUGCACGAACGAUUCACCAACUACGUUUUGCCAAAGAAACCUACAGAAAUGUCGCUUAGUGAUACAGUUGACAGACUCAACAAGCUUUUCGGAAAAACGGAAACUCAAGUCGCACAACGCUACAGGUGCUUACAACUUGCAAAGGUAGACAACGAGGACUUCAAAGAGUAUGCAAGUCGCGUCAACUUGCAGUGCGAAUUGUUUAAGAUGAAUGAAUUGCAAAUCAAUCAAUUCAAGUGUCUCAUCUUUGUGCUAGGACUCAAGUCUAGCAGAGACAAUGACAUUCGCAUACGUCUUCUCAAAAUGCUCGAUGAGGAAAACGACAGCAUGAACUUGGACAAACUGGUAGACGCAACACAAAGGAUCCUUGAUCUAAAAGCUGACAACACGCUGAUAGAACACCAACCAAAGGUAAUAUGUGCUGUUAAGAAACCGAAAGCCGAUCCAAAUCAUGCAGACCGAAAACCAAAAACACCUUGCUGGUUUUGCGGAGAUUUACACUACGUAAAAUACUGCCCUUACCGAGAUCACAAGUGCACCAGAUGUCAUCAGAGAGGCCAUAAGGAGGACUAUUGCAAAAGUCUAAACACAUCACACAACAACAACAAACAUUCGAAGAAUGCCAAAAAGACGAAAAACAGUUUUCGCACAAAAGCCGUGUUCACAACCAAGCAGCUCAGUUUUCAAAAACUCCGUAAGUACGUAAAUGCCAAUUUCAACAACAAGCCUGUGAAGCUACAAGUGGAUACAGCAUCAGACAUUUCCAUCAUAUCGAAAUCAACUUGGGAACAAAUCGGUGAACCAGAAGCUCACACCACCACAGACAGCGCUAGUGACGCUAACACUAACAGCAUCAAACUUCUCGCAAAGUUCAACGUAGACGUCACUAUCAACAACACCACCAAGUCUUUACAAUGCUACAUCACAGACGUUGAUCAACUCAACAUCAUGGGUAUCGACUGGAUACAAGCAUUUGGACUUUGGGACAAACCAAUAUCGACGUGGUGUCGUCAAAUAUCUUUUGAUGACGAAGUCGCAGCAUUGAAAUCAAACUAUCCAGUCGUGUUUGACAACUCAACGCUUGGUCUCUGCACCAAGACAAAAGUCAAAAUUCAAUUACUGCCCAACGCAAGGGAAAUUUUCGUUUCAAAACGUCCAGUACCGUAUGCGGCAAGUAUUGAAAUCGAGAAUGAACUGGACAGGCUACAAAAGGCAAACAUAAUCACACCUGUGGACUCUUCAAGGUAUGCAGCUCCAAUAGUAGUGAGCAAACGGAACGGAAAGAUUCGAAUUUGCGCAGAUUACUCAACUGGUCUAAAUUCGAUCGUCGAGCCAAAUCAAUAUCCGUUACCUACCCCGGAGGAGAUACUUUCGGAUUGCCACAACGCUUCUAUUUUCAGUCAUCUUGAUCUAUCAGACGCCUAUCUUCAAGUGGAGGUCCAAGACGAUAGUAAGGAGCUUCUUACUAUUAACACCCACAAGGGUCUGUAUAGAUUCAAUCGUUUGACCCCAGGCAUCAAAUCAGCACCAGGGGCAUUCCAGCGAAUAAUGGAUCAACUUUGCAGUGGCAUUGAAGGCGCAAAAGCAUACAUUGACGAUAUCAUGCUAGCCAGUAAGUCAAUUUCUGAUCACAUUACUAAUCUCAAUUUGCUUUUACAGAGAAUUCAAGAAUUUGGUUUCAAACUCAAAUUUGAAAAAUGCCAAUUUUUCAAAAACCAAAUUACAUAUCUGGGACAAGUUAUUGACAGAGAGGGAAUUCGACCAGAUUCCAACAAGAUCAGCGCCAUACAAAACUUGAAGGUACCCCAGAAUAUCACCGAAGUUCGAAGUCUAUUAGGUUCCAUCAACCAUUACGGUAAAUUUGUCAACAACAUGAGGAAUUUACGCAAACCUCUUGAUGACCUACUGAAGAAAGACCAGAAGUUUCAAUGGACUCCAGAAUGUCAAAAUUCAUUGGACGAGUUCAAGAAGAUUCUUUCAUCGCCUCUUCUUUUAACUCAUUACAACCCUGACUUACCAGUACAUGUUGCAGCCGACGCUUCUUCGCAUGGUAUUGGUGCAGUGAUAUACCACACAUUCCCGACCGGUGACAUGAAGGCAAUUCAUCACAUUUCAAGAUCUCUCACACCGGCAGAGAGGAACUACAGCCAAAUAGAAAAGGAAGGUUUAGCUCUAAUCUUCGCGGUACAACGGUUCCAUAAGAUGUUAUUUGGGCGCAAGUUUUUCUUGCACACAGAUCAUAAGCCCCUACUAACGAUCUUCGGCUCAAAAAAGGGAAUCCCGGUGUAUACCGCAAACCGACUUCAACGUUGGGCUUUGAUUCUUUUGGCAUACGACUUUGACAUCUCAUACACCAACACUAAAGACUUUGGUCAUGCAGACGUUCUUUCCAGACUCAUCAGUGACCAUGAGAAACCAUCCGAUGACUACAUCGUGGCCUCCGUGUCAUUCGAGAAAGAUGUACGACAUGAACUAACUGAGAGUAUGGCAGCAAUUCCAGUUUCGUUCGAGAUUAUAGCCAGCGCUACAGCCAAAGACGAUGUUAUACAACAUGUCAUCAAAUAUCUCAAAACUGGUUGGCCAGAAAGCAGUAAGAACAUUGACCCUGCCGUCAUUCCUUUCUUCAACCGCAAGGAAUCGCUCGCGAUGGUAGAUGGCUGUCUAAUGUUCAACACAAGGAUCGUGGUUCCAGGCAUAUUUCACCAGAAAGUUCUCAAACAACUUCACAGAGGACACUUGUCUUCCGAAAGGAGCAAAUCGAUAGCACGAAGUUACGUGUAUUGGCCAAACAUUGACAAACAUAUUGAGGAAUAUGUUCGAAAAUGUCUAAACUGUCAAAAAGCAGCAAAAAGUCCUGUAAAGACCAAUCUUUGCUCUUGGCCAAUUACGUCUCGCCCACUUGAGAGGAUACACAUCGAUUACGCCGGUCCUGUCAAUAACAAAUAUUUCCUGGUAAUCAUCGACUCAUAUUCGAAAUAUCCAGCGAUAUAUGAAACAUCAACAAUUACGUCAUUCGCAACCAUAAGGAUACUUACCGAAUAUUGUGCUUUGUUCGGUAAUCCAGAACAAAUUGUUUCAGACAAUGGCACCCAGUUUUGCUCUGAACAGUUUCAAACAUGGUGCAAAGAAAGAGCGAUCGUACAUACAAGAACAGUGAGAUUUCACCCCAGCUCUAAUGGACAAGCAGAACGUUUCGUCGACACGCUUAAACGCGCAUUAAAAAAGUUCGAAGGGGAAGAAACUACCAAAGCGCUUCAAACGUUCUUAGAAGUAUAUCGUUCAACGCCAAAUCCUAACACACCUGAUUCGAAGACUCCAGCCGAGACCUUCAUUGGCAGAAAAAUGAGAACAGUCUUUGAUGCUAUCUUGAAACCAACUCCAAGCCAACCGAAAUUCAAUGAACAAAUGGAGAAGGAAUACAACAGGAAGCACGGUACACGUCCUAGAUCUUUCAACCACGGAGAUCUAGUCUACGCCAAAAACUUCAAAGGCAACAAAAGUUCUUGGGUUCCUGGAGAAGUCAUCGAAAGAAUUGGUAAGGUAGUCUACAAUACAUUAAUCGAAGUAGGAAACAGAAAAAUACUCGUUAGAGCACAUGCCAAUCAACUGCGUUCAAGAGAUGCAGGCACAUCCAACAACGAAACCUCUUCGUCAGUAUUACCACUGGACCUUCUACUGGAAGAAUUCAACAUAUCACCUAUACAGCCGAAUGAAGAUUUUGCUACACCACCAUCUUCACCAAAUUGGGCACCGCAACGUAUAGUUACCAGAAGACAACCUGUUCAUAGUGAUGUCUGUGGCCCCAUGAGAGUUAAUUCACAUUCGAACGCAAGGUACUUUGUCACUUUCAUCGACGACUAUUCUCGAUACUGUGAAGUCCAUUUCUUGAAGCAGAAAUCUGACGUGCUGAGUGCUUUUAAGAAAUUUAAGAGUUCAUCGGAACUAUUAACUGGCAAGAAGAUUAAAUUUCUCCAAUCGGAUAACGGCACCGAAUAUCUAAAUAAAGAAUUCAAUGAUUACCUGGAAAAGGCCGGCAUUAGAAGAAGGUUGACGGCACCUCAUACGCCGCAACAAAAUGGCGUGUCGGAGAGGAAAAACCGGACGUUGCUAUAG